CAUACGCCUUAUUCCUUAUGUAAUGGAACUUAGCAAUAGCUACUUGAGAAGCAGCACCUGAGACAAGCAGGACUGAUAAAGGAGGAUUCAUUGCACUGCUUAAGGCUCCAUUAGUAAAUGACUGACUGAAGAACUAGUAUUAUCCAUAGCAAUCCGUACAGUGACUGUUAACUAGGUAUAUCUGAAGUUGGAUCUUCUUGCUUCAUUAUAUGACUAGAACCAUGGAAAGGAUUUCUAUCUCUUUGGUAAUAAGCUUGGCGUAUCCAUUGAUAAGUGCAGCACUAGAAGACAAAGACCUCAAAAGUGAUCCUUCAGGUGGUGGUCACCCUGUAGAGGUACCUACCACUCUCCAGAUCGUAACAUUUAAAUGGCAUCAUGUUCAAGAACCGUACAUAAUCGCUUUAUGGAUUCUCGUGGCAAGUUUGGCUAAAAUUGUAUUCCACAUAUCCCACAAAGUGACAACAGUGAUUCCAGAAAGCUGCCUCCUAAUUGUGCUUGGUCUGCUUCUGGGUGGUAUAGUAUGGGCUGCUGAUCACAUUGCUUCUUUCACCCUAACACCAACAGUAUUCUUCUUUUACUUAUUGCCUCCUAUUGUGCUGGACGCUGGGUACUUCAUGCCAAAUAGGCUGUUCUUUGGAAAUCUGGGUACCAUUCUCCUGUAUGCAGUUAUCGGAACAGUAUGGAAUGCUGCCACAACCGGCCUUUCACUGUAUGGAGUCUACCUAACUGGAAUAAUGGGGGAUCUGCAAAUUGGGGUGUUGGAGUUUCUUCUUUUUGGAAGCCUCAUUGCUGCUGUUGACCCAGUUGCUGUUCUUGCUGUGUUUGAAGAGGUCCAUGUCAAUGAUGUCCUAUUUAUCAUAGUCUUUGGCGAAUCUCUUCUGAAUGAUGCAGUUACAGUGGUACUAUAUAACGUGUUUGAUUCUUUUGUUGCCAUUGGUGGUGAAAAUGUGACUGGUGUGGAUUGUGUCAAAGGUGUUGUGUCUUUUUUUGUGGUGAGCAUUGGAGGAACUUUGGUUGGUAUCAUUUUUGCAUACCUUCUUAGCUUAGUUACUCGAUUUACUAAGCAUGUGAGAAUAAUUGAGCCUGGAUUUGUUUUUGUUAUUUCAUAUCUGUCCUACCUCACAUCAGAGAUGCUUUCUUUAUCUGCGAUUUUGGCCAUUACAUUUUGUGGAAUUUUCUGCCAAAAAUAUGUAAAGGCAAAUAUUUCUGAACAAUCUGCAACUACAGUUAGGUACACAAUGAAAAUGCUGGCGAGCGGAGCUGAAACUAUUGUGUUCAUGUUUUUGGGAAUUUCAGCUGUGGAUCCAAACAUCUGGGUGUGGAAUACACCCUUUAUACUUUUGACCCUGCUGUUUAUCUCUGUUUACAGAGUGAUUGGUGUAAUUGUUCAAACAUGGAUUCUAAACCGCUAUAGAAUGGUACAACUUGAAAUUAUAGAUCAAGUUGUGAUGUCAUAUGGUGGACUGAGAGGUGCUGUUGCCUUUGCUUUAGUGGCUUUACUAGAUGGUGAAAGGGUAAAAUCCAAGAACCUGUUUGUCAGCACAACUAUUAUUGUUGUUUAUUUUACAGUCAUAUUUCAGGGACUAACUAUUAAACCACUGGUACAGUGGUUGAAAGUGAAGAGGAGUGAACAUCACGAACGAAAACUAAACGAAAAACUGCAUGGUAGAGCAUUUGAUCACAUCUGCUCGGCUAUUGAAGAUGUGUCUGGGCAAAUUGGACAUAAUUAUAUGAGAGAUAGGAUUGCAAAUUUUGACACAAAAUUUCUCAGCAAACUAUUCAUGAGAAAAUCAGCACAAAAAAGAGAUCGAAUACUCAAUGUUUUCCAUGAGCUGAAUAUGAAGGAUGCUAUAAGUUAUGUUGCAGAGGGAGAACGAAGAGGAUCAUUGGCUUUUAUUCGCUCACCAAGCAUGGAGAACAUGGCAAAUGUUGAUUUUAGUAGCCCACGCCCGUCUGUUUCAGAACCAUCUGUUUCCUACUUCUUAAGAGAAAAUGUCAGUGCAGUUUGCCUAGACAUGCAGGCUCUGGAGCAAAGGCGGAAAAGUAUUAGAGAUUUGGAAGAUAUUUUAAGUCAUCAUACUCUGCAGCAAUAUCUAUAUAAACCAAGACGGCAGCAAAAACACCUCUACAGUCGUCAUGAAGUCACAAUAGAUGAAGAUGAGACACAAACAAAGGAGAUAUUUCAGAGAACGAUGAAGAGGCGUUUAGAGUCCUUCAAAUCAACUAAAUUUGGUCGCAAACAAGCAAAACAUAUAAAUAAGAACUACAAAAGAGGACAGAGAAGAAGCAGCAGUAUAGCAAUGCUACAGAAUGGAAGUGUUCCUUACGAAAACAAAAUACAUGAAAUGGAUCUAGCUGUGGAGGAUACUAUGCAAAAUGAACAGCUCGAUGGCAGUAUUACUUUUCUAACACAUAUAACAGAAAACAAAGGACUAACAAAUACAGCAUUUGGAAUUGAUAAUCCUAUAUUUUCAACUGAUGACGAGCAAAAUACAUCAAUGAACUUUACACCAUGGCUGUACAACGAAGAUGCUGUAGUCCCAUCCCAAAGGGCACGAGUACAGAUCCCUUAUUCUCCAAGCAACAUUAAGAGGUUGACUCCUUUGCGUGUCAGCAGUAGAUCAAUUGAUUCCUUUCUGAUAAAUGAUGGAAUGGAGGAGCAACCUAGAUUUUUCCUUCCAGAGACUACAAACAUGUAAAAAGACACAAGAUUAAUUCUGGCCUCCUUUGCGUUCCUGAAAUGAAAGAGAAAAAAAACUGUCUAGAAAUUAAGGACUAACAUGGAAAUUGAUACUAAUACCAAACUGAAAAAGAAAUGGGAAAUUUGUUUGUACUUGUCUGUUAAUAGAAAGUUACUUAAAAUAACUAUGUACAUUUAAUUCUGAUCAAUGGCAGAAACUACCCAUGCUACGGUUAUUGUUAUUGCAAUGCUUAGUGUAAUAAAUUAAACAAAAUACAUUUUUAAAACUUAUAUAGAAGUUGUGAACAUUUGGUACAAUGGGGGACAUUUAUCAUUAUCAGUGUAUUAUAGAGGUAUUUUUACCACUUUCUGCUGUGUGUAUUCCCCAUGCUGCUGCUCUGAAUUUAAAAACCGGGCGCAUGCGUUUCUGUAAAUCUUGCACAAUCAUAAAAAAUCCCCUCAUCCCUUCUCCAUAGCUCUGAUACGUACGUGUCCCCUGAGCUGGUGUAUAUUCGCGCAUAAAAAGGCCAGUUGCACAUUAUUUGUGCGCUGAAACAGAAAGUCUGCAGUUAAUAAAUCGCUGUCCAUGGGAAAAAGAGCUCAAGGCACACCUGUAUGGACAUCGGAAUGAAAAGAUCCACCAAACUAAUGCACAGAAAAAGCGCAAAUAUGACCACUGCGCAAAUUUGCAGAGAAAAAUACACAGAAAAAUCAUCUACAACCAAUGAUGAAUUCCCCAACAUUGAAUCAGUCAGAAAAAUUACCUACUUGCAAAUUUGCAGUCGUCAGAUAUGUAUAAUAUAUGUUUUUGGUAGGGGAAAAUCCCCAUACCAAACCUCCUGCUCUGGACAGUUCCUGAUAUGGACAGAGGUGUCAGCAGAGAGCACUGUUGUCAAACUGAAAAUAACUACACAACUUUCUCUACAGCAUACAGCAACUGAUAAGUACUGGAAGGAUUAAGAUAUUUAAAUAAAUGUAAUUUACAAAUCUGUUUAACUUUCUGGCACCAGUUGAUUUGAAAACUUUUUUUUUCCACCGGAGUACCCCUUUAAACAAAUCAUUACUCACAUUCGUAAGGUCUAGUUCAACAUAAUCCUAAAUUGGAUUAAUGUAGUUAAAACAAUAUAAUUCAACUUUAAGUUAUUUGUUAUUACAAAUGACCUUGUCUUUUGCAUUUAGGCUCUUCCUGUGAUGGAAAUAAAAUUAGGUCUGCUGAUCUUAUAGAUAUAUUACUAGUGUACAGAUGUAGCCAUGAUCAACCCCUUAAAGACAAUGGACGUGAUUGUAAAUCCUGGUAAUUAAUGCACCAGGACAUCCAUUGAUGUCCUGUACAUAAAGUAACUGCAGGAGCUGCGAUUUCUUUAUGCACGGUGAGUCUCGGCUGCUGCCUGACAUUAACCCUUCAGAUACCGUGAUCCAUACUGAUCACGGCAUCUGAAGCACAACUGUGGCCGACACGCCCUCUUCAUGUAACUGUGGCAGAACCAGAGACACAGCUUUCGGUUCUCUCCGGGUCUGCCACAGCGAUACAUGGAGGAGGCGUGUUGGACACAGCCUUGUGCCACAGUCGACACACCUCAUUCAUGCUCAAAACAGAGGGUGCAAUGCAGGAGAUGGCGGGUGGUCCCAGUGGUCGGGCUCCCCGCGUUCUGACACUUAUCCCCUGUCCUGCGGAUAGGGGAUACAUUUUUAGAUACAGCAUUUAAAAAAUGACACUGACAAUUCAAUGUGCUCAAAGAAACUUUAUUAUAGAUAUGCAAAAAUAAGUAAAAUUAUUAAAUAUUGUAUUUAUCUUCUUGCAAUGUUUACUAGGUAGAAAAAUUUUAUAGAAAAUAAUUAUUAUUGUGAGUUUCAGUAGUUUAAAAAAUUGUUAUCCAGUUAUUUUUUUUUAUGAAGAUCAAACGAACUGCUGCCUGUUAAGAUAUACUUUGAAAAAAAAUAUAUUGACAUUAUCUUUUAAUUUUGUUGUAAAAAUAAAUGUAUUCAUAUUCAUUAAACAAUCUUAUAACUAAGUUUAAAGUGUUCCCUGGUUGCUGGUUUUGUUUUUAAUGGGAUAUUUUAAUACGGCUAUAUGUGAGGGAAGAUAUUUGUGAUUAAUAUGAUAUUGCAGAUAUUGCAUCAUAGGUAUAAAUAUAUUGAGAAACAUACCAUAUUUAUCAGCAUAUAAAACACAUUUUUUGAGCAAAAAUUUUUAUGCCUAAAGUCUGUCUGCGUGUUAUGGGCCGAUAAACUAUUUCUGGCUCCGCAUAAGCUGCUGCGGUUCAAUGAUUUAUAUCGGUCACCGCCGGAGUGUGCAGGAGC